GAUUCCAAAUGCUGCUGCUUUACCACAGAAGCGACCUCGGCAACCAUACUAUUGGCUCAACACUAGAAGGGAAGGAACAAGCCCCGCCUCUUAUCUUCGCGCGUCACCUCGCGCUUCGCUUCCCAUUCCAACGCAGCGAUCCUUUUUCCGCAUUCCCGUGGUACUUAGCGACGAAGACCUAAACCGAUGAGGGGUUCAGCCGGCAGUUUAGAAAAUGGAAAGAUAAUUUGGCCUCUGGGGAUGUCCUUUUGAGAGAAAGCAGUCUCUAUGACGGUGGUAGUCUUACACUGACAGCAUUUUUACCUGAUUGUCAUCUCAUUAGUAUUCAGUCAAAAUGGAUGCUUUGCCGAAUAUCCUUUCUCCAGUGGGUGGGAGUGGUGAUCUUGUCAGCUCACAAGCAGAAGUACAAAAACUGUUAAUUGAUGAAAGGAUGCGUUGUGAACAUCAUAAAACAAACUAUCAAACUCUAAAAGCAGAACAUACUAGGUUACUUGAUGAAUAUACUAAAUCACAAAGUGAGUUGAAGCAGCUGUUACAUGAAAAGCAAACUGUCCAUGAUAAAUUUCAGUUACUGCUUGCUGAACUUAGAGGGGAAUUAUUAGAUAAAACUAGAGAAGUAGAAGAGUUAAAAAUACAGGUGAUAACUCCCCAGAAGCUCGAACUGCUGAAAGCACAAAUACAACAUGAUUUAGAAACACCUAUGAGGGAACGCUUUCGCAAGCUGGAUGAAGAAGUAGAAAAAUAUAGAACAGAAUAUAACAAACUUCGUUAUGAACAUACUUUCCUCAAAUCAGAAUUUGAACAUCAGAGAGAAGAGCAGGCCCGUGUAUUAGAAGAGAAUAAAAUAAGAUAUGAAGCUGAGAUAACAAGGCUGGAUAAAGAUAAAGAAGAAUUGCAUAAUCAGCUGCUUAGUAUUGAUCCUACAAGAGAUAACAAGCGUGUUGAAGCACUAUUAAGAGAAAAGGCCCAACUACUGCAGAAAUUAAAGGGAUUAGAAGCUGAAGUAGCAGAACUAAGAGCACAGAGAGAAAAUUCUGGUGUGCAAGCAGAAAAUGUGCAAAGAAUACAGCUGCGACAGUUAGCUGAGAUGCAAGCUACAAUUAGAAGUUUGGAGGCAGAAAAACAAUCUGGUAAGUUGCAACUUGAACGCAUUGAAAAAGAAUUGCAGAUGAGCAAUGAGCAAAAUACAAACUUAAUAGGCAACCUUCAUAAAGCUGAACGAGAGAUUGAUGCCUUGAGUACUAAAGUAAGUAUUUUAUGUAGUCUAGCGUGUAUUUUCAGGUGUUUUGCAGGAGACAUAUCUAAUUGGGUCUAUUUCAUUCAUUUUCCCUUGCCUUUAUAACUGUGUGUUUUAAAAAGUUAUCCUACUGAUCUUGUAUUUUUCUCACAAGCCACAUUUAAUAGCUGUUAUUAUGAACUGAAGAAGCUGCCUUAUGCCAAGUCAAAAUGUUGGUUGAUCUAGUACAGUGUUAUUGCCUCCAAGAUUUAAUUUUCAUUUGAGGUAGUUACACUGUUUCUGGCUGAGUCAUUUCUGACAGCAAAUCAAAACUCAUAUGAUAAAAUGUUCUUUCAUUUGAAAACUUUCCAUUCACCUGGGAAAUUUAGAUAUCCUGGAGAAGAAUUUGAGCUUAACUUUUACUUUGAAAUACUUGUUUUCUAUAUGGAGGAUAUAGAGAACAUAUAAUCACAUUUAGUCACAUGAAUCCUGAUUAUCAAUACAUACAGUAUUGGACCAAAUUAGAGCUAUUAGAUUUUCAUGUCUAAAAAUCUGGAAGACCAACAGGUGGCUGCAAGGAAACAUGUAACUCUUACAGCCCAGAUCCAGUAGUUCUAGGUCAAAAGUAGUCCUAGACCUAAUUUUUGAAAGCUUGAACCAAAAAUACUGAGCCUGGUAUCUGAACACCACAAUUCAAACAAAUACUAGUAAUUUAGUCCAAAAAUCUCUGGGAUUAUUUAAGGUUAUUUCCAAAAAACCCUAAAAGUGUCAAGUAAUACAGAGGUUUC